AUGAAGUUCACCGGCAGCGAGGCCGGUCCACCUCUCCCGGUGACUCUCGAAACUCUACUCGAGCCUGGAUGGAUUCCCCUGCGGCGCGGUCGAGCCAUCGUGCUCACGUCUAGAAAGCUUGCAGUAAUGAUGUCGAGGACCUAUCUACCCAUUAGCCAAAUCACUGAUGAAACGAGAAACUGGACUGCGCUUAUUCAAGUCGUUGAGAGGGCACCUAUUCAAGCAAACAAAAGUGAUUCACAAGUGCUCUAUCGAAGAUACUUAUUCAGUGAUGGAGAGAAACCCCACUGUACCAAGUUGGCCCUUACGAAUUACGAAUUCAAUUGGCUGUUGCAUAAAAAAACUUUGGUUGAAGAGUUCCAAGAAAAGGUGUCGCCUCCGCUUCCAUGCCAAAUAGAAAUUCAUGCGUUUGUGGACUUGAACAAAUACGCAGAUACAGAGAACCCCAGAAGUAACGGACAAAGAGCUCUUCAGUCCAACGUUGAAAAAUGUUCUUACCUCCUCACUCCAGCACGUAAAAAGCCUACAACAAUUGCAUCUUCGGAUUCAGCGAUCAAAAAACGCAUCAGCUUCGACAAUCAGUAA